CUAAAUUUAGCUUACCCCAUUUUCCUCAUUCCCUUCUUCUCCAUUAUUCUUCUAUUCUCUGAACUUGGAUUUUUUUUUUUUCCUUUUUUUUGUUGUUGUUGUCAUCUUUCAUCAAAAGCUAGUUCUUUUAAGCUGUUUUAAUCUCAAUCUGAUUUUUUUCUUUCAUUUUUUUAUUUUUCUUAGCUGAACUUAUAUUGGGUUUUGCCAUUUUUCUUCAAAUCUAGAUCAAGUUGUUUCCUUUAUUUUUUUUUUGCUCCAUUGAAACACAGCUUAAGCUCUUUGAGUAAAUUAAAGUUAGCUCUUUUACAUCCAUUGAGCUUAAAGUGGUUUCAUUUCCACCAUUUUCUUUGACCCUUUUGUCUCAAAAUUCUUGUCACUUGUUUAUCUCCAAGCAAUGAUUCUUGUAGGAAAAAACCCUCAUUUGAAGUUACUUCAGUUUCUUCUCUUUUUAGUUUACCUUCAUUUCAACAGAACCAGUUCUUAUCAGAUGGCACCUAUGAACUGUACGGACACAAGCCGUCUUUGCACUUCAUUCUUGGCCUAUAAGCCUAACAAAAACCAGUCUUUAGGAGUGAUUCAAAGCAUGUUUGAUGUGUUGCAAAGUGACAUCACAGUUGAAGGAAAUGGUUGGGAUUAUAUAUUCAUAAGGAAGAACUGUUCUUGUGCAUCUGGUAUAAAGAAAUAUGUGUCCAACACUACUUACACUGUGAAAUCCAAUGAAGGGUUUGUGGAUGAUUUGGUGAUGGAUGCAUAUGAUGGACUUAUUUUGCUUCCCAACACUUCAAGGAAAGCUAGGAAUGGUGCUGUUAUAUCACUGAGGUUGUUUUGUGGAUGUUCUAGUGGAUUGUGGAACUAUUUGUUGAGUUAUGUGUUGAGAGAUGGGGACAGUGUUGAAUCUUUGGCAAGUAGAUUUGGGGUUAGUAUGGAUAGUAUUGAGGAUGUGAAUGGUCUUGAUGGACCUGAUAAUGUUACUGUCGGUUCACUUUAUUAUAUUCCUCUUAAUUCUGUUCCUGGUGAUCCUUAUCAUGUGAGCAAUGCUUCUCCACCAGCUUCUGUUCCUACCCCUUCCGUUGAUAAUUUUUCAGGUGAUGAGGUUAAUCAUAAGUAUCAUGUACCCUUUGGAUGGAUCAUUGGUGGUUUAGGAUUUGGUCUUAUUCUGAUAAUAUUUGGCAUCAUUCUAUGUGUUUGCCUUAGAUCGUCGAAUUGUUUCUCUGAUUCCAGAAGUCAUGAAAAAGAUGAUGAGCGAAAGGUCUCUCAUAAAUUCCAUAUUCUUCGAAACCCAAGUUUUUUUUGUGGUUCCGGAAGGUACAUAUGUGGUAAACAUGUUGACCAGAAGCAGACAGAUGGUGACUCCAGCAAUCACACCAUUACCGUUCCAAAAGCUUCAACUCUUGGACCUGAUGUAUUUGACAUGGAUAAACCGGUAGUUUUUGCAUAUGAAGAGAUUUUUUCCUCAACGGAAGGCUUCUCUGAUUCAAAUCUACUUGGACAUGGAACAUAUGGAUCUGUGUACUAUAGCCUCCUCCGCGACCAGGAAGUUGCUAUUAAAAGAAUGACCGCUAUGAAAACUAAAGAGUUUACAUCAGAGGUUAAAGUUCUAUGCAAGGUUCAUCAUGCUAAUCUGGUAGAAUUGAUUGGCUAUGCAGCUAGUCAUGAUGAGCUUUUCCUAGUUUACGAAUAUGCUCAAAAGGGUUCACUAAGAAGCCAUUUGCAUGAUCCUCAAAAUAAGGGUCAUUCGCCACUUUCUUGGAUCAUGAGGGUCCAAAUCGCACUUGAUGCUGCUAGGGGACUUGAAUAUAUACACGAGCAUACAAAAGCUCAUUAUGUUCACCGCGAUAUCAAGACGAGCAACAUUUUGCUUGACGCUUCCUUUAAAGCAAAAAUAUCAGAUUUUGGAUUGGCGAAACUUGUCGGGAUAACAAAUGAGGGAGACGUUUCUACUACCAAAGUUGUUGGUACAUAUGGAUAUCUUGCUCCAGAAUACUUGACCGACGGCCUUGCAACGACCAAAAGUGAUGUCUAUGCAUUCGGUGUUGUUGUUUUUGAGAUUAUAACCGGAAAGGAGGCUAUUAUUCGAACAGAAGGCAUGAUGACAAAAAAUCCUGAAAGACGAUCGCUGGCAUCAAUAAUGUUAGCGGUUCUUAAGAACUCACCUGAUUCCUUGAGCAUGUCAAGCAUGAGAGAUUACAUUGAUCCAAAUAUGAUGAAUCUGUAUCCUCAUGAUUGUGUAUUUAAGAUGGCUCUGCUGGCGAAGCAGUGUGUGGACGACGAUCCGAUCUUACGACCUGAUAUGAAACAAGUAGUGAUUUCCAUCUCACAGAUUCUACUCUCUUCUAUUGAGUGGGAAGCAACACUAGCUGGAAACAGUCAAGUAUUCAGUGGACUUGUUCAAGGAAGAUAGUUCAUGGAAGAUAGGAAUCAAAUAAAAAGGAUAUUAUCUUGAUUUUGUUAUCUGUAUGUAGAAAAAAAAUUUAGGAGUAAUUUAGAGUAUGUGAUAAUGGAGCUAAGGAUGGAUUUUAUUUAUUUGGGAUUUGUUUUUUACUAGUUGAAAUUUUGACAGAAGUAUAUGUAUGUUUAUAUUCUUUGA